AUGUCUCAUCAUCAGGGUGGUUACCAGAAUGGUCACCAGGGUGGUCACCACCGUGGUUACCAGGGCGCUUACCAGGGCGGUUAUCUCCCCGUCCCAUCCUUUGAUGGUCCUUCCGACACCCGCUCCCAGGGUUCUCACCACUCUGGCGGCGGCUCACGCUCGCACUCGCGUCGCACCUCUCAAGUCAGCGGCUCUUAUAUGUCCGCUUCUCACCCUGGCUCCCAAGCUCCAGGCUCCGCCCCACCUAGCAAUGUGGGCGCACCCUCUGGUCCUGUGGGCAGCCGUCCACCUAGCAACGUGGGCGGUCGCUCUCCGCCGCGUGGCUAUCCUGAACCUCUUGGCUUCGACCCUGCUCGUGAGCCCAAGAAGUUUGGCGAGGAUUUCAACAAGCGCAUCGAUCUGCCACCUGAGGCAUAUGUCAAGGGCAAGCUCGAGACUCCUUUCACCCGCCGCCCCGGUCUGGGCAGCAGCGGCAAGAAGAUCAAUGUGCAGGUCAACCAAUUCCGUGUCACAGGCAUGCCUGCGCACGAUAUCUUCCAAUACGAUGUCACAUUCAGCCCCGACACUGGCAAGACCAAGCCUUCUUUCUUGAACACGCUCUGGAGGACGAAGACUGCGCAGCAGAAACUCAAGUGUGAUGACAAGUACGGUCCAUUGCAGUUCAGGUGGCUCCACGACGGCCGUGCACUGGCAUGGUCCCGAAACAAUGUCUCUGAGAUGCGUAUCAUGAUCGACAUGGACGAAGAGCGGAACAGGAUGCCGAGGCCUGGCCAGAGCAACAAGUUCUACCUCAUCAUCAGGCGCAGCACCACGAUCCGUCUUGCUGCCCUCAAGGCCUAUCUUGAAGGGUCCAUGGAAUGGGACCAGUCAGUCCUGGCCUGCGCCAACUUUUUUGACCAUCUGGUGCGCCAAUUUCCUUCGGAGAACCUGCUGGCCAUCAAGCGCAACUUCUACGACACUGAGACAAGGGACUACCGGCCGCUCAAUCGUCGUGGCACCAUUGAGGCUGUCAAGGGCAUAUACGCGGCGAUUCGUAUGAAUUCAUCCAUGAAGACCGGCGGCCUUGGCCUGGGCAUCAAUGUGGAUGUUACCAAUACGACAUUUUGGCACGGAGGCGAACCUUUCACUGAGCUCUGCACCAACUACGUUGCCAUGUCAAAGAAGGAGUGGCAAUACAUAGACACGAAAGCUCUCCACGAAAUGAUGAAGCCAGAACAGUACCAGCACGAAGACACUCGCGAGUACUACCCAGGCAUGUCUGACGCAUUUAAGAUGCUCCGGCGCUUCCAUAAGUGCAAGUUCAACGUGAUGCACCGUGGAAAGUCGAACGAUCCAAAGACGUACACCAUUCAGGGUUUCGUCUGGGAGCCAAAGAAGUUUGGGAUGGAGGGCGCCCAUGCGCGCAAUUACAAGUUUACGAAGAAGUCUGGCGAGACCAUUACCGUGGCUGAUCACUUCCUGCAACAGUACGGUGUUCGCCUUCAGCAUUGGCGCUUGCCUUUGAUCGAGACCACUCGUGACGGCGUCUUCCCCAUGGAGUGUGUCAUCCUGAAGCGGUGGCAAAAGUACAACUUCAAGCUGGAUGGUGAACAGACAGCUGCGAUGAUCAAGUUCGCAGUCACACGGCCUCCCGUCCGCCAGAAUGCAAUCAUGCAGAACGUGAAGGCCCUUCGAUGGGUUGACGACCCAUACUUGAGGGAGUUUGGUGUAAAGAUCAACCCCCAAAUGACUCCCACGCAGGCUCGUGUUCUCCAGAACCCGGUCGUCCAGUUUGGCAGGAAGACAGUUGAUCCACGCACCAACGGCAGGUGGGACUUGCGUGACCAGACCUUCGCCGAACCGAACGUCCGUCCUCUGAAGUCUUGGUCUAUCGUUGUCGUCAACGAUUGUGUCGAUGCCCCCACGGCGUCGCGCUUUGCAAACUCGUUUGCUGACAUAUACAAGAGGCACGGCGGCAAGAUCGAGGUGAUGCAGCCCAAAGUUUGGCGCCUCCGGAUGGAGCUCAGCGGCGCUACUGCCAAUGAAAUCCACAAGCUUUACAAGCAGACUGGUGAUGCAUACCGGGCGGUUCCUGACCUUAUGUUCUUCAUCAUGCCCGACAAGGGCGCCAUCCAGUACGAGCGCCUGAAGAAGAACAUGGAGAUCCGGUUCGCAACUCUUACCCAGAUGGUGAAUGUCGACCACGUCAAGAAGUGUAGCCCCCAGUACUGCUCCAACGUGGCUAUGAAGGUCAACGCCAAGCUCGGCGGCUACACCUCGAGGCUCGCCAAGGUGCAGUUCUACACAGUCCCCACGAUGGUCAUCGGUGUCGACGUCUCGCACGGAGGAGCGGGCUCGGUCGCCCUCAGUGGACCACUGGCGUCUAUGGCUGCUAUGACCAUGUCCAUGGAUCAAAACGCCAUCAAGUACCAAGCCGUGUGUGAGACAAACGGCUACCGGGUGGAGGUGCUGACUCCGGCCAAUAUUCGAUCGAUCUUUCCGAAUGCUGUGCGCCGAUGGUGCCAGAAGAAUGGACGCGCCCCAGAGCACGUGUUCUACUUCCGUGACGGCGUCGCCGAAGGUCAAUUCGCCCACGUCAUGGACUCUGAGAUCAAGGAAGUGCGGAAGGUUCUUGAGGAAGUUGGACGGAACAAGCCCAAGAUCACCGUCAUUGUCGCCACCAAGCGACACCACAUGCGCUUCUUCCCCGGCAGUGGCUCUGGCGACAAGAACGGAAACCCGUUGCCUGGUACCAUUAUUGAGCACGAGAUUACCCAUCCCUUCCACUAUGACUUCUACCUGUGUUCUCAUGUGGCCAUUCAGGGCACCGCUCGGCCGGUUCACUACCACGUGAUUCAUGAUGAGAUCCAGUACCCCGUCGACAAGCUGCAGGCGAUGAUCUACCAGCAGUGUUACCAGUACAUCCGCUCGACUACCCCUGUCUCCCUUCAUCCGGCCAUCUAUUAUGCUCACCUGGCGUCCGCCCGCGCCCGAGCCCAUGAGGCUAUCGAGUCCUCCAAGAAGGAGCCUUGGAUUAGGUUCAUCAACGUCAUGGCGAGGCGUGACCGGACUGAUACAUCUUCCAAUGCCCCUCGCGAGGACUCCCAGCCUCUGCUGAAGAUUGGUGGAGAGGAAGGUCUGGCCAACCCCCAGAGCCUCGAGUUCUUCAAGGGAACUAUGUGGUACAUCUAA